UGUUAUUUUAAAACUGUAUUGCUUUCUGAUUCCGAAACAGUAUACAGUCUCAUAGGUGAUCACUUUUUAAUAUAUUUUCACGAACACUAACGUGAUUCUCAAUUAUUUGUUUAGUUAAAUUAAGCAAUGGAAUCCCUCUAUUUCGAAACAAAUCGCCUGAUUCAGGAUACACAAGGCUAUUUUGAACAAUUGAACAAUGCCCGAACAGACACGUCAGAAGUUGAAAGUAAUAUUUCACGAAAUAUUGCAAUGGUUAAUGCAAACUGUGAUCGUUUGGAUGUGCUAGUAUUCAAGGUGCCAGCAGUGCGAAGACCGAAUGAGAAAAUGCGGGUCGACCAGUUAAGAUAUGAUAUUCGACACUUACAGGCCGGUUUGCAAUCGUGGCAGCAAAAAAAGGAGCGCCGUGAAUUGGAACGUAGUGAAAGAGAACAAUUGCUCAGCCGUAGAUUUACCGCAAACUCAGAGACUUCAAUUGAUAUUGAUUAUUCAUUACAACAUCAUAAUUCUAUGAUGAAUGCGCAUCAAGGUGUGGAUGAUAUGUUAAAUACUGGCCAUAAUGCACUCGAAAAUCUUAGAACGCAACGCGAGAAGUUAAAGGGAGCACACAAACGCAUUUUAGAUAUUGGAAACACAUUAGGCCUUUCAAACACCACUAUGCGAUUGAUUGAGAAACGUUUGUCUGAAGAUAAAUACGUGCUCUAUAUUGGAAUGGCGGUCACUUUGCUUGUCAUCUUCAUAUUCAUUUACUAUUUUGUAUUUUGAACGAAAUUUCCAUCCAAGUUUUAACUAUGAUUCCAAAUUCUAUUGAUUUCUUUUUAUUUAUAAACGUACUUUAUUCAAUGUCUGUAAAUAAAAAAAGAACAUGUUUAAAUAUAAA